AUGCUGGAAAGUCUGAUUGAUGACCCAGUCGAGUCGAUCAGCAUGUCCUUGCCACAACUGAAAUGGGUCUCCUUGACGCUGCAAGUGUCAGUGACCUGGGCCUUCAUCUCCCAUGACGAUGAGGACCACAUGAUUGACCCGCGCUUUGACGACGAGUUUGAUCAACAAAUCCCCAAUGGCACUGGAUCAGAGGCGUGCAACGGUGCGAUUCGAACACGUCUAGUUAACUGUGCGCUCGAUCCAGCCCUAGGGCGAGCCAUCUUUCGUGCGAUCUCCGCGGAGGAGUUUGGGGAGGUUGGGUUUCCGGAGCCGUUGAGGCCGGUACUUAGGCACCUAAGCAGACCCUUGCAGGUUACGCAGAAUGUCCGCGACGACUACCGUGAUGAGCUGCGAGUGGAGCAGAAAGAAUCUAGUGACAAGUUACCAUCUGAGAUCCCUGAAUGGCUUCAAGUCAUCUGGCGUCGCAUUAUAUCCAAGAAACUGGCAGAUGAAUGGUGGAAUGACUGGCACAGCUUGCCUCUUGCUUCUGUGGAUGCUAGAUGUGCGAUGUACCGAGAAUGA